CACACAAGAAAGCAGGAAAUAUGGAGAGGAUGAGCAGCCGUCCUAAAAUAGCACAAUUUCCAGCCCUGUCUAUAGCAGCCAAAAAAUGUCUUCCUAAAGAAAAACAAUACUUGCGGUAUCUGUGGCUGGUGUACUGUCAGUCAAGGCCUCAGAGCCCUUUGGAUUUAAUGGUGCUCCUGCUACUUUGCAUCACCACUGCCCUCUUGACCAGUGGCAUGUUGCUCAUCUGGAUGCUCAACAGUUUACAGAUAGAUCACCAGGUAGCUGGCAUCAUCACAGGGGUCUGUGGCUCCCUGCUCUUCCUACUUUUGCUUGUUAUUCAUCCUUUCCGCUGUGUCUUUACACUGAUGAUACCGACUCUUGGCACCAAGCACUGCUAUCAAUCCAUAAAGUCAGCCUUACUAAUGCUGAUAGUGCUGAAAGUGGUGUCUGUCAUUGCAGCCAACAUCAGUGGACUGUUGUAUCUACUGAAAUGCAACUCCCUUACCUACAGCGAGAGCCUCAUGAAUUCCACAGAAGUUCUCAGAAAUGAAAUACACAAGAUAAAUAAUGAUUUAACAAAAAUGAUGUCGACAAACCUGUUCAAAACACGUUUCUCUUAUGCUGACAUUGUCUCCUCCAUUAAUCUCACAGCAGUGGGUGAGAAAGUUCACAACGUGGGUGAAAAGAUUGGACAGGACAUCUCUUUGGCCAAGUUGCUUUUUCAAAAAGUCAGCUUGAAUGCCAAACGUGUCUUCUCAGUCUUUUUUGCAUUUUACCCAUUCAUUAAAACAUCCUUCUUCCUGAAGAAUUACCUGCAUGAGAAAAAACAUCUAGAAAAUGAAGGUAGAGUGAGCAGAAUAGCCAUCAGUCUCGAACCAGACAAACCCAGAAAGGCAUGGUGCUGCAAAGUCUCUCCACAGCAAGCCUUCAAUGUUCUGACCACAGCCGCAACUAUCGCCUUAAGUUUCCUGCCGGUGACCUGUGUUGUUAUCAUGGAUCAUAUUAUCUACCAUGUCACCGCUGUUAUUACACAUGUGAUGUCUGACUUUCCAAGUCUUCCUGUGACAUUGACUGUGGCGCUAAAGGAACAAAUAUCAAUACCAAUGAUUAUCCACUUGUCACCUACCACCAACAUGAAGUCAAUCACUUGGAACUUCACUGUCACAUCCCCGAGCUGUAUAGUAAGCCCAUCAGAGCCCGACGCUACUGUUCCUGUGCUCCUUGUCCUCCUCUACAUCAUUGCUAUUCUUGUUACAACAUUGGAAGUUUUCAUUUCACGCUUGCAUAAUAAAAUUGUUGCUUCAUUUUUCACAUGAAAAGAAAAAAAAAGUGAACUCCAGUAAGGCAAAAUGAAUAAUGCAGCUGGGAGAAAGAAAAUGCAUUCCUGUUCCUGUUUGUGUCUUAGAAGACAAGAGUCACAGAUCUUCUUUUAUGAGUUCACACAAAUGGCUGGGUUUUGUGUUUCUGGACAUAUCCAGUAUGAAAGCCUGAAGGUGAUGCUGUUCUAUUCAUCCUUUACUAAAAGGUACAAUAUGCAGUAAAGCACAAAAUGACUGAGUGAAGAAACUGAUCGAUCAGCACAGGAGUUGUCCUCUGUGUUAUUUGUCUCAUGCUCUUACCUUGCCAUCAAUUCCUA